GAAAUAAAUGAUGUGGAUGUGCAGGAGCUGGUGAGAAGGUCAAUUGGAAGGUUAACAAUUAUUCGACAGACAUUUCCAGUCCCCCAAAACAUAAGCCAGCGCUGUUUCCGUGGCAACCACAGAAUAUCUUCAUCACUGUGUGAUCCGAAGGACCCUUUCUCCCAAAGCAUGGAGAUUUCAAACCUGUAUAUAUAUGACACUGUCCUCCUGCUGGCAAAUGCGUUUCAUAAGAAGCUGGAGGACAGGAAGUGGCACAGCAUGGCCAGCCUCACCUGCAUCAGGAAGAACUCUAAACCCUGGCAAGGAGGACGAUCCAUGUUGGAAACCAUCAAGAAGGGUGGAGUGAAUGGCUUGACUGGAGAACUGGAGUUUGCAGAAAAUGGGGGGAAUCCCAAUGUGCAUUUUGAAAUUCUGGGGACAAAUUAUGGAGAAGAUCUUGGCAGAGGCAUCCGCAAGCUUGGCUGCUGGAAUCCCGUCACUGGUCUGAAUGGGUCACUGACAGACAGAAAGUUGGAGAAUAACAUGCGAGGAGUGGUCCUACGUGUGGUGACAGUGUUG